UGGGAAAAAUCAGUUCGAACCGUUCUUGCGACAUGGAUGAGAAUCAAGCGGGACGAAUGUUGGCCAGAGCCGCGGGAGGCGUUUUCCCUUACUCCAACAUGCGCGAGCUGUUCGUGCGACAAUUUGCGUCCAUGUCGCCACGCUCUGAGCAGGACACGUUCUUCGACUGCCAGAGCUCGAACGAGGACUGUGGGAGUCCGGGGGAGCCGGGCCACGACGCGGAGGCCAUGCGCUGUGCCCUGGAACGGACCGCCGCCAACAUCCAAAUGAUGUUGAGUAGCCUGAACGAGAUGCCCCCUCCGAGUCGACCCAUCGGCUUUACUCUGGAGAUAACCACCACCCUGGUGGUGAACGAUGACACGCAGUCUGCGACGUGCGGCCGCGUCACUGGACAGCCGGUGACCGUUCAGAUGCCCCUGCAGUUCGAUCCGCGCACCAGACAAUUGACCUCCAGUUGCCCUGGGAAACAGCAGCACCAGGAGCACCAGCAACAGCACCAGCACCAGCAUCGACAGCAGAUUCAGGCCUCCAUUUGCGAGUGCAGAUCCAUCGGUGCGACGAAACUUGGCUCAGAUUACCCAGCUCUGACGUAUAUGCAGGACGAGUGCCGACACCAGACCUGCAACAACAACCGCACCCGCCCCCAGGAAUCUCAGACCGACCAAUCGCGCCUCCGACAGCACAGACAGCAGUGUCCAUUGAGCUGCGCAGCAGCAGCAGCAGCAGCCGCCCGCAACAGGCCAUCCCAGACGGAGAUGUCGUAUCUCCGCGAACACCACAAGCCCAUGUCUAAAAGAUCCUCGGAUGCCCGAUCAGAGGGUAACCGCAGCAGCCAGGACUCGCAGACGGAAUCCUCCUACGUGAACGAUCAUUACAUACACGAACGCGAAAAGCUCAUGAAGGACAUGCCCUCACAGACCCAUAUGCAACCCAUGAACAAGUUCACAUAUCCCACACAGUUUAUGCGGUGCGAUGGACGAUGCGCGGAUCUAUGCGGUUUGGCCACAUCUGAAACGGACGAAACAAUCUACCCUACUGAAAGCAAUCCUACCACCAGUCGCGGCGCAUGUCCGGCCACAACAGGAGACGUGCCAACCAGCAGCAGCAGGGCAUGCUCAUGCAGUUCGAAGGCGACAAAAGGAGGAGAAGGAGACUUGCCCACAUCGACACCCAGUCCAGCUAGCAGUCGUGGGGCCUGUUCAUGCAAUUCAAAGACCACAAUAGGGAAUCCAACCAGUCCAACCAGCAGUCGUAACGCAUGUCCAUGCAGUUCGAAGGCCUCAAAAGGAGACUUGCCAACAUCGGAUGACUACCAUACAGCAGACAGUCCAUCGAGCAGUCGCGGGGCAUGUUCAUGCGGCGGUGGAACAUCGAAAACUAAUUAUUCGCCCUGUCAAAGUACCACAAAGGACAUAGUCCGGUCGAACAGACCUUCAUCAUGUGGAUGCAGUCUUCGUCGCUGUUUGUCCAGAGCAGACAACAGGCCACCAUUUGCCAGUGAUCCGCAGCCCCUCACUUGCGAGUCUCUCCUUUGUGGCGGUCAGCACCAGAGCAAUUUGCCGGCUUGGGCACCGAAUCCGAAUGUCCAACGUACAGUCAUGUCGAAUGCGGAUACCUGCGGCGUUCAGUGGACCGCGAAUGAGGAGGAGACAGAUCCCGCUGGCAGUUGUCGUUGCCCUACUCAGAAUUCAUCCAAGGUCACGACACUUGCCACUCAAGGAAAACAUUAUUCAACUCCAGCCAGUACUUGCCCGAUUACAAGCACCAUAGAUAUGUCUCUUUCAUCCAAGGGCAUGCAGAGUGUCUCCAAUUGCGCUGAUAAAGAGGAUCCUUGCUCCAGUUCGUGUCCUGUCACGAGCGUUGAUCUGUGCGCCUCGACAGCUCUUGCAGGUGCUGCAUCAUCUAAAGGACUCAGGAGUAACGCCAUUUGUGGCACCAAAACGAGUGUAAGCUCUUGUCCGGCUACGAGUUUAUCGAAUGCUGUAGCAGAUCCUUGCCCAGCGAAGGCCGUUGCAGAUCCUUGCUCAUCGAAGAUCAGUGCAGAUCCCUGUUCAUCGAGGGCACUGAUGGCAGAUCCUUGCUCAUCAAAGAUUAAGUCGGUUCCUUGUAUAAUAAGGGAUAUGAUGGUAGAGCGUCGUUUAUCGAAGGCCACUGUAGAUCCCUGUUCAUCGAAGGCCACUGUAGAUCCCUGUUCAUCGAAGGCCUCGGCAGAUCCCUGUUCAUCGAGGACUGUGAUGGCAGAUCCUUGCUCAUCGAAGGUUAUGGCAGAUCCUUGUUCAUCAAGGGCUAUGAUGGUACAGCCUUGUUUAUCGAAGGCUAUGGCAGAUCCUUGUUCAUCAAGAGCUAUGAUGGCAGAGCCUUGUUUAUCGAAACCUGUGAUGGUAGAGCCUUGUUUAUCGAAGGCUAUGGCAGAUCCUUGUUCAUCAAGAGCUAUGAUGGCAGAGCCUUGUUUAUCGAAACCUGCGAUGGUAGAGCCUUGUUUCUCGAAGGCUAUGCCAGAUCCUUGUCUAUCGAAGGUCUCUGUAGAUCCCUGUCCAUCGAAGGCCUCUGCAGAUCCCUGUUCAUCGAAGGCCUCUGCAGGUCCCUGUUCAUCGAGGAGUAUUAUGGCAGGUUCUUGCCCAUGGAAGGCCUCUGCAGGUUCCCGUUUAUCGAGGCCUGUUAUGGCAGAUCUUAGCUCAACGAAGACACACAUUAAUCCUUGUGAAUCCCAGGCCGUUUCAAAUCCGUGCUCAUCCAGAGGCCUAAUAGAAACUAGCGCCAUUCAUGCCUCAUGUGGCAUCCAAACCAGUUUGCUGGGUGUAAAUUCUGCCGGCAAUUUGGAGCCCAUAUUUUCAGAUGUGAGCACACAUCAACAUCAACUCCCAUCGUCGUUUGGGAUUGAUGAGCAGACCUCGGGCACCUCCCGAUCACGCUCCAUCGUGAACAAGAUCACCUGCCUGUGCUCCCCGGACCAGAAGUCCUUUAACAACGCAAAUCUCGAUAAGGCUCCUCACGAAGAAGGCCACGUCCAGUACGGGAAUGAGGAGAUGCCAGAGAACUCCGAGCAGUGCAAUGUUUGUGAGAUAUGUCCACCGCCCCACGAUCCCAUGCAGUCUCUUAGAAGCUCUGUGCGCGAUGCACCGAUUCCCAAGCCACUGCAGAUCAAGUGCCUUAAGUCCUCGUGCACAUGCAAGUCGCAGUGCAAGUCGAAUACCAAAAGGAAGAGCCAACCGAGCCCUCAGUCCCAGACCACGCAGAGGCCCAGGCGUGUGCAGCGGGAGGAUCAAGAUGACUUUCAGGACUGCGUGUCCUUCAGCUCCACCGUCAAGACGAAGAGCAGCCGCAGAUUGUCGUACAAAUCAUCGCCGAUGUUCUCCUGCCAACAGGAAGAAUCGCUGCCGAUCAUCACCAGCCUCUACAACCAGGACCAAGGGGAAAAUGCGUCGGGUCAGUGCCCCUGUGGCAUCUGUGGGCUAUCCGACAAGACCGGCCAUGGUGGGGAUGAGUCCCAAUGCAAGCACUCCAAGAUUGUUACAUCUGGGAUGAACAUUGAAAUCUGCGGGAUGUACAAAGAUGAGCCGCCAACGAAGAGCUGUUGCGAUAAAUCUGCUGACAAUACAUCCAUGGACAUGAAGAGCUGCCGCGAACCAUCUACGGAUAAGGCUAGCGAGUCCGGUUACUAUUGCAGUCCGGACACAUCGGCCUACACAGAUUAUACGGAUGCCCCCUGCAAGGAGCUGAUUGUGGAGAGCCGCAAGGAGCGCAUCUUGGACAUGGUGCAGCAGCUGAGCGAAGCCGCCGACUGUGAUUGCAACGAGGAUCGUCCGGCCAUGAUACAGAACCUCUUCCGGGAGCUGGCCCUUUUGCUGCGCAUGGAGGAGGAGCGCGCCGUGGCGCCGCAGGACGAGGUGCAGCCACCCAAGCCCACCUUCGAGGAGUGCUGCACCGCCCAGCAAAAGUGUGACUCCCAGCAGCCCAACGAGAAUGGUAAAGAUUCGACUGACAGGCGCCGCAUCUAUUGCUUCGAACAGCUGGACGAUGCCGUGCGCCAGUGCAUCUUGCAAGAGGAACCCAAACAGCUGCCAGAGUUGGAGAUCUACGAACUCGAAACGGACACUGACUCCGAUGCAGAAGAUGCCUGUGCCAAGUCGCUGCCUCCAGCGGAAUCCACGAUAUUCAAGGAUGCAGAUGGCCAGGGGUGCGGCAACGGCGAUGACUUUAUGGAUAUGACAAGCGAAUGCAAUCUCAUGGAACAAAUGAAGAAGAUACUGGAGGAACCCGGUCCUGAAGAGUGCGACUUGUGUGAGGAUAUAUUGCAGCAGGUUAUAGAACCCUGCCACAGCCAAGACAAUGACAAGUUCAGCGGUUCAUGUGCCAGCAUGGGGCCAGCUAGAGUUGAGCCCUGUCCCUCUCAAGAUCCAUGUCAAUCCAAGCAGCCAUGCCCCAAAACGGAUCCAUCUCCAACGAUUGCGCCCUGUCCCUCUCAAGAUCCUUGUCCACCCCAGCAGCCAAGCACCAAACCGGCUCCAUGUCCAACGAUUGCGCCCUGUCCCUCUCAAGAUCCUUGUCCACCCCAGCAGCCAAGCACCAAACCGGCUCCAUGUCCAACGAUUGCGCCCUGUCCCUCUCAAGAUCCUUCUCCACCCAAGCAGCCAAGCCCCAAACCGGCUCCAUGUCCAACGAUUGCGCCCUGUCCAUCGACUGAGCCCUUGAAAACGGAGACCUGUGUGAACGUAGAGUCCUACAAACAGACGGAUAGCAAGCAGCAGCUCUGUGCCAGCGAUUUUGGCCAUCUCCUGCCCGACGGACAGCUCAGCCCACAGGCACGUCAGCUGUGCGAGAAGCUCCUGCGCCAGGCCCUGGUGGACUGCGGUGCCUGUGACGCCGCCAAAGGGCCAACUCUGGGACCAUCGCAGUCAGGUCCGUGCUCAGAGGCAGCAAGCAAACCAAAGGUUGAUCCGAAGGAAGGAGGAAAAUGCCAGUGCUGCCAUUGUCGUGCCCUCAGGUGCGAUAACGAAUGCCAAACAGUGUCCAAGACUCUGCGAUCGGCCAUAGCCGAUCCAGCUUGUGAAAUGAAAUGCUUUAUCGACUCCAUGAUUAUGGAUUUGGAAGUCAUGGACCAUGUGCUGUGCAACAACAAGGCAAAGGCCAGGGAUGUGACGGCCAACUGUUCGGGCAAUGCGCCGGGUGAUAGCUUCCCCGUGACCAUCACCGCUGUCUCCAGUCUGGGCUGUACCGCCCUCUACAUCAGAUGGGAGCUGCAGGACUGUGCCGGCAUCGGCGGAUACGAGAUUUACCUGGAUGGAAAUUUAAGGAAUCGCUUUUACAGCUACCGACACCAAGCCGCUGUGGUGGCCAAUGUGGAUGUGACAAAGGGUCAUCAGAUUGUGCUGCGGGCCCAGGCACUGGGUUAUGAUUUUCCAGGAGAGGAUGUGGGUGUGGGCAACUGCAAGACCGUGGCGCGCACCAGCCAUCCGGAGAUGCUGGCCGGAGCCAAGAGACCGUGGUCGCCCAGCGUCUACUUCUACGAUCCCAGCGUGGGCGUCAGGCCAACGUCGAGCGCGAAGCGAGCUAGUCAAACAUAAAUCAGAUAUCAUAUCGGAUUGGGGAGCAGCAGUGAGCGGAAGACUCCCCACACAAUACCACAAGCAUACAAUAUUUAGCCUGUACAUAUAGGACUUACAUGAGAUUUAUAUUUUGUUCAAAGUUGAAGGGAGAAAGAUGUGUAGCGCCCCAUAGCGCUUAAGGAAUUGAUUGGACUCGAAGUGUAUUUGUAGUGCUUUAAAUAGUGCCUUAAAUUGUAACCGUAUUUAAUAAGCAGAGAGAAAGAGAGAGAGCAAUGCAUCAUUGUACAUGAAUUGAUAAUACCCUUAGAUACAUAUACCCUUAGGGGGCCCUUCACACGUUAGUUGACACAACACCAAAAUCAUUUUGAAUAAAAAAACCAAGAAUCUCAAUGUUAGAGAUACCAACUAAA